GUUUCCCGAGCGGGCGCCGAACUGGCUGCUGGAAGGAGGCUUUUUUAAAUACAUAUUUUUAAUCGCCCGCCGCCUUCAGGGGAGCCGUUGAUUGGUUCGCUCGCUCGCUCCGUUAUUUGGGAGCGGGUGGAGAAGAGGGAGGUCUCGUCACGGUCGACCCGGUGAUGGCGACAGUUCGGCAACAGCAUGUGGAAGAUACAAUGGUUUGCGACUACAGGACACUUUCUGCUUUUGGAGAAAAAACGGUAGAUCAUGAUGUGAACAUCAUUAACCCUGCACAUCUUUCGAGACAUGUUGUAUCCCUCAGACGAAACCUGUUUAGUCAGACCCCAGCUAUGAGAAUGAUUCAAAGAACUCUUCACUUGCAGGGAAAUGCUGAUCCUCAAAUAAGCUUGCUUCUGUGUAAGCAGUGGACUUUAUACACUGUCACUCCUCUGUACAAAUUCUCUUAUGGACAGCUGAAAGAAUAUUCUAGACAAUUGAGUCGCUUUAUUGCAGCUGAAAGUCAAAGGAGACCUGUGGAAAUUGAAUACGAACUUCAAUUUAAAGUGAAGUUCUCUUCAUUCUCAGCUUUGAAAAUCACAGAACAGGAGCCAGAUGCAGUUCUCAUUCAAAUCACGAAGAUGCCUCAGGUGGCAGCUAAAAAUGCAGAAGAGAAAGUGGUGUGGAUGGGCUGGUUUACUUGUACUGGUGGAGAUGACCUUUUUGAGACUGUUGAUGAGGAGUUUACUUUUUUGCCCUUGUUCCUUGUGAAUGGGGCAAAGGCUCUCACGGUCCUUGUAGAAACUUGGCUUCAACAGACCUUUGACUGCUGUUUGAGUCCCUUGCACAUCACCCCUAUCAGUCUUUCCUGGAUGGCUGCAAUGUGGUCUGGGUGCCCUAUGGACAAUCCUGCGGUUCCAACAGAGCUGACUUUUUCUACACUUGGCACAGCUUACCCUCUGGAUAUUUCCUAUGCUAUCCACCCUGAAGAUGCAAAAGCCCUUUGGGAUUCAAUCCAUAGCACUCCAGGAGAAGUCAAGCAAGAAGAAGUGGAAUUAUUCAUGGUGUGUCUUUACAACCACUUCCAUAGACACUUCAAGAUCUACCUGUCAGGCACAAUACUGGUGAAAGUCUCCACAUCAAUAGGUUCUGCCAAUUCUGUUGGGAAAAUAAAGAUUUUUCAUGCUCAACAUCUGAUAUCAUUGAUGGCAUUCCUAACAGAACUGGCAGUUUUAAAAAUAUGAUUGAAGUGUUGUACCAUCUAUGCUUUUGCUAUAGAAAGUAUAUCCAGUACAAAGAUGA